AUGGAGAUCGAAAGCCCUGAGCGGCCACGUACGCGGGCGAAGAAAGCGUGUCUGGCAUGCAACUCGCGUCGCGUGCGUUGCAAUGUUCUCGAGAUGCAGCCCUGCCAAAACUGUGUGUCGUGGAACUUGUCAUGUGAAGUAGGGAUUUCUCGACGCGGAAAAUAUCCUCGCCGAAAGAAAAAGGGAGCCGCUAGAACACUACCCAAACCGGGUGAUGGCGCUACUAAUACAUCAAGUACUCCGCCAUUAGAACAAGCGCAACUUUCAUUGAAUAGCCAGAAAAGGUAUCCACCAACUGGGCUUGCAGCAUCGGAACAGGCGAUCCAUAAAACCGUGUUCCUCGGCGAGUCCAGCCCCCUUACUUGUGUUGUGGACGAAGGUCGCCGCUCCCCUGACAAAGGAUAUGCACGAGGUGGUCAGAAAGGUCGGCUGCAUUAUUCAAUUUCAGAGAUCAGUGGUGGCAGUGAGAUUAGUCAAGAUUCGCUCAGCUCGCGUCGCAAACUACUGCACGAUCGUCUUACCCGUGAAGGGGCAUUGCAAUUUCCGUCAUCAGCUAUUUGCGAUACCCUUCUUCAAGCUUAUUUCGACUGGCUCCACCCAUGCUUUCCGAUUCUAGAUCGCCCAGCACUGCAAAGCAGCUACCAAACUGGCACAUUGUCCCCGUUGCUCUUGCAGUCGAUAUUAUUCAUUGGUGUAAGCCUGUGUUCCGACACAGCCUUGAGCACACUCAGCCUUGGGACUCGAUACCAAGCGAAAGAGUUAUUUUACCAAAGAGCCAAAGACAUUUACGAUUCAGGAUGGGAGACUGAAACAAUAACUAAAUUACAGUCCCUGUUCCUGUUAAGCUUCUGGCGCGGAAGUCCGACCGAGGAACGUGAUGUUCGGUUUUGGCUUGGGGCUGCUAUCAGUCUCGCUCAGAAGAAGGGAAUGCAUGUCCAAACUCUCCUUUCUCAAUAUCAACGACCAAAGAGUCUGGAAACGGAUAUGGUGGGCUUUAUAUCAGCAUUAGGACUACCACCACGGAUACGCGAUGAGGACUGCCAGAUAGCUGACCUCGAGCCAUCCGAUUUUGAGGAGAGUGGGCUCAUUGGAGGACCCUCCGAAAUAUUCAGAGCACCACCAGGUGUCCACGUGUCGUAUGUGAUUGGCAUGGCACAGUUGGCUCGAUUAUGUAUGAAUCCCUCGCCUCUCAUGAAUCACCAUGCGCUGAGACAUCUCAAUCUAGUACGGGACGUCGUCUCCAGCCAAUAUUUGCCUGGUCGAUCGAAGUUAGAGAACCCUGAACGGCCUAGCCUUCACCGCAAGCUCACAGACUGGGAAGCAAAUCUCACAAAAGAAAUGCAGUUUCAAAUGCCGAUGAGCCGAGAGGAAAUGUUCCUCGUCGGUAUGCUUCAUAUGGCUUAUAACAAUCUUUACAUUCUCCUCUACAGGCCUCUUUUUCUACAGCCGCCCAGUCAAACCAGCAGCCUCGAAGGAAACAUGGCUCUCGAUGCAGCAACACGAAGCACUCGGAUAUUGGAAGAUAUGCUUUCAGAAAAUCUGGUACAGCACGGCUCAUUACAUCUAAUAACACACACUUUCUCUGCUCUGUGUAUACAUACCAUUCACUUCGGUCGCGUGACAGGCACCGCUAGAAAGCUGGCAGAGCACAGAGCGAAACUAUGUCUCCUAGGCUUGAAGGAAUUGCAAAAAUCAUGGGACCUGGAAAACUGGGUCCUUGAUCUAUUCUUCCGUUGUUUAGAUGACCGCACCGCUCGAGAUCUCCGACUAGCCGAUGUCACCAUGCCCACGUCAACGACACAGUUACCCGAGGAUUACACAGAAAUAGAACCUGCCAUGCCUACCGACAGCCAAUACCGACCGCCAUCGCCCAAUCCAACAGAAGCUACAGUUCCGGCGCCUCAAAUCGGCACAGCCAAUGCUACCGCAGAAGAGGCCGCAAUUAAUAUGGAUUGGUACGAGCUUUUCAACAUGGAAGGUGACGAUGUAAUGGGGCUUGCUGGAUCUCUGUCCAACCCGGACUAUCUGAACCCCCAGAACCUGGAAUUUCUCUACCGAUUUCUGUAG